CUCGUUAAGUAUUCGAACGUAUCGCACCGAUCAACGGGCAUGUCUUUUCAUUCAGAAAUUUAACGGAAACCCAUUUGGCAAGGCCGCAAGGCGUUCCAAGGCGGAAACACCGCGGGGAGUAUGGACUGUGCAAGACUUCCGACGACUCGUACAGAAUGUAGCCAAACGCAACUGCAACCGCCCUGGAAACACAUAAUUAGGGAUUUUUUCACAUCAGCAACAAUCGAUUUGUGGGCGGUCCACUGCAUUUAAACCUCGGCUCGCUAUGCCUCGCUUGUCUGGUUUCUGACUUUCUGUGUUGUUCAUUUUCCGCUUUUUGGAUGUUGAUUUUUGCAAAUUUAUUCGUUGUUCGUUUUAUUUUAUAUUUCUCUUGCAUGUAUAGCGUUUUGCGAAUAUUUUUUGCUGUGUGAAUUCUGAGAUCUUUUUGGCGUGUGCCAAAUAUUUGCAAUGGAUGCCGAUUCCGGCGAUUCGUCACAGAAUGGCUGCGAAAGUGCUGCGAAGCGUUUCAAGACGCACCACGACGCGUCAGAAGGCAACGGCAUCGCGGCGACCGUGUGCGGUGUCCAUAUCGACAGCGCUGAUGCGGAGCUGCGCGAGUUCGUCGCCUGGUGUCUCAGCGAGCCCGCUCCGUGUUCCAUCAAUCCCAAAGUGUACAUGGGCCGGGUGGGGUCGUGUGCGCGGUACGGCAUGAGCGCCGCGGAGGACAUCGCGGAUGGUGAGGAGCUCUUCAGGGUUCCCCGCGCCAAGACCCUGCAGUGGGAGAACAUCCCGGCGCUCCUCAGCGUGCGACCAGAAAUGGAGAAGAUGGCGCUGGAAAGUCGCUGGGCACCGACAAUCGUGGCCAUCCUGCUGGAGGCGACAAAAGCACCGCGCGAAUCGCUCUGGUAUCCCUAUCUGCGCAUGUUCUUCCAUCAGUCCAAUCUGGAUGUGCCACUGUUCUGGGAUAGAGCGACACAGCAGCGCUUGCUGGGAACGUCGACGGUGCCGCAGCGUAUCACUGGGGAUCGUCAACGAAUGGAGACGGAUGUGGACAAGCACAUUGUGCCGCUUUUACGCAAACUGCAUCGCUUUCAAGAAAACGAAUUGGAAAGCCUCCGCGAGACGGUGGUGAAGAUCUCCGGUUUUAUCAUGGCGUACAGUUUCACGCGGCCGGACAGUGAGGACAGUGCCAGCACGGUGGAUAAGGAGAAUUCCGAUUCGGAGGACGAGGACCGCGAAGCCAGCCAAGUGGGCAAUGCGCUGAUGGAAGUGCCGAUUAUGGUGCCCAUCGCCGACUUCCUCAACGCCAGUGUCCGCCGCAAUAACGCCAGACUCCACUGGGACGAUGAUGGGGAGGUGCUGAAAAUGCUGGCGGUCAAAAAUAUCAAAGCGGGUGAGGAGAUAUUCAACACAUACGGGGAGAUUUCUUCAUCGGAAUUAUUGUAUCUCUACGGGUACGCGGAGGAUGACGAGGAGAAUCCCUUUGAAGAGGUCUUUAUCCCGUCGUCCUUGCUGCGCGACACCCUCACCGAUUUACUGCAGCAGAAUCCGCCGCGGCUUCCGCUGUCGCCGGCCCAACUGGAUAAACGCUGGAGUUAUUUGGAGAAAAAGGAACUAGUUGGUGAGAAAUAUCCGAUCGUCAUAGGGAAGAAAGAAAUUCUCACGGAUAUGGAAGUGAGCCGCAUUAUGGAGGUGCUGACCGCCGACGCGCAGGCAUUUGCCGACAUGGACGCGGCCGGUGAGGAUGAAGAAGAGGAAGCGGAUUUCAGCCGGGAGCAGUACCGUUUAGAAAAUCUCUCGAAACUGGAUCCCGUAGCGAAGGAUAUUUUUGCUAGAGUGAUACAGAAAAAACUGAACGAAUAUCCACGAACAUUGCCGGAAGAAAGAAAAAAUAUUGAACACAUUCAAGAAUUGUUGUCCAGACAAAAGAGCGCCGGAAAUGUGGAUGCAGAUACGCAGCGCUCACUGUUUAUUGCUUUUGUCCAUCGAGCCGAGUUGGUGCUGUUAAACGAAUAUUUGCGCUGUUUGAAUUCUUGAUUCUUUUUUUAUUUUUCCAUUACUUUCAUUGUUACUUAAUUUAUGAGAAAAAAUAAAAUAU